AUGGCCACUGUCACUAACCCCUUAUUUCUUGGUACAAUUUUCUUCUGUUUCUCACUUGGAUCUGCUCUGCAUGAACACAUCUUGUGGGCUAAUUAUCACAUUCGUAUUAUAAACAAUAUAAAUGAUGGAUCGACGCCAUUGGUUGUUCAUUGCAAGAGCAGAGAUAAAGACCUUGAUGAAAGAAGUUUGUAUAAGGGUGAGACAUAUUUUUUUGAAGCCCAGAUUGACUUGUUCAGAAAAGCUGUGGUCAUUUGUUUUAUGACAGAAGGGAAUAGGAGUAUGUAUAUUGAGGCUUUUAAAGCAACAAGAGAUGAAAAUAGGCGCCAAAGCAAGAAGGUGUGCUUGUGGUCUGUGAGAGAUGAUGGAACUUAUUUCAGAAUGGAAGAAGAAAUUCCAACUAGCUAUACAAGUAUGGAGAUGAAUGGUAAUACUUGUGAGAAGGAAGUUGAUAAUACAAUCAAUGUAAAAGAAAGAUUAGAAGAGCCAAAAAUGGGAAUGGUGUUUAAUACAGUUGUUGACGAAAUAAUGGAGUACUACAUAAGAUAUAGUAAUGGCCUAGGAUUUCCCAUAAAAAAGAAGAACAUCGUCAAAGGGAGAUGA